AUGGAAUUAAACACAACGUGUGCUCCAUUUAAACCAGCAAGUAAUGGGCAAGCAGGGAGAAAGGCACCGAACUUGACAAUCUUGUUAAGUCCAGCAAUGUUAUUCUUAAAAAGAGAAAUUAGAAAUCGAAUUGAUUUAGUUGUUCCAAAUCUUAGACGAAGAGUGGAAGAACGCAUCCGAAGGAAUACUUAUGAUUUCAAAGACAAAAAUUUUGAGAUCGGAGAAAAGGUUGCCAUUCGGGAUUAUAUAUCGGCAAAUUCCCGAUGGAAAAUUAGCAGAGUGACAAAUAAGGAUGGAGCCCUGCAUUAUACCAUUAACGUUCAAGGAACUUUACUGCGCCGCAACGUGAAGCCACAGGCUCCGGACAAGGACAUCGAACAAAGAAGUGAAGCUGUGCAAACUUCAGCCGGACUUAAAACAUCGUCAGUUCCAAGGAAAACUGAGCCAGUCAUUCCAGUGAAUCCUGAUAAAGAGUUGCAGCAACUUCAGCCAGGACUUAGACGAUCUUCGAGCAUCCGCAAAGCUCCUCAGAGAUUAAAUCUCUAA